AUGCCUUCACUCAGCGACUUCCUCUACACCCAGCUCGUGCUCAGAAUCCCCAAGCCCUCGGCCUCCUUUACGUCCAAGACCGUCAUCAUCACCGGGGCCAAUGCAGGUCUGGGCAAGGAAACGGCCCAGCACAUGAUCCGCCUGGGCGCCAGCAAGGUCAUCUUCGGCUGCCGCAGCCCGGUCCGGGGCGAGCAGGCCAAGCGGGAAAUCGAGAGGCUCCUGAAAUGCCGUGCGGACAUCAUCACGGUGUGGGAACUCGACCUCGAGUCGCCCGCAUCGAUUCGACGCUUCGUCGACCAGGCCAACGCCCUGCCCCGGCUGGAUGUGGUGAUCAACAACGCGGGGGUGCACGUCGCCAGCUACACCGUCGUCUACGACACCGAACGCACGCUGGCUGUGAACGACAUCGGCACCUUUCUGCUCGCGCUGCAGCUGCUCCCGAAGCUGAAGGAGACGGCGCGGAAGCACGGAGUCACGCCGCACAUGACCACCGUCUCCUCCGCCCUGUACGACAUAGCCAAAUACCCGGAGAGCCGUGGAGAUGACAUGGACAUCUUUGCCUGGUUCAAGGACGAGGCGCAUGUCAACUUGAUGAAUCAAUACAACCUCUCCAAGUUGUUCCAGCUCUACAUCAUCAUCAAGCUCUCGGCGAUAGUCGAUCCCAUCGACGCCGACAACCCCAACCCCAACCCCAUCGUGAUCAACUCCCUCGAUCCCUGCUUCUGCAAAACAGGUCUGUCGGGCGAUCUGACUGGUGCCCCCAAGGUCUUCUUCAGCAUCUUCAGGGCGAUCUUCGCCCGGACCGCCGAGGAAGGCGCGCGGCUGGUGGUGCAGGCGGCAUCGGCAGGCCGCGAGACUCACGGACUCUACCUGCGGGCUGGCGCCGUGCAGAAAUAUGCCCCCAUUGCCCAGGAUGAAAAGAGGGUCAGCUAUGUCUGGGACCAGCUCUGCCAGAGGCUGGAGAAGCUGCAGCCAGGUGUUCUUACGAAUAUACAGGCGGUAAAGAGUUGA